UUUUAGUUUUGUAUCAAUUGUCAUUCAGUCAAGACACUUUUGUAACAAUGAUUUUCUUGUAUCUCAUAUUUUUAGUGAUUUUAGCCAUUUAUGGUGCAUUAAAAUAUCAUUUCUCCUUUUGGCGACGUCAUGGCAUUCAAUAUCUCGAACCAGAAUUGAUUUUUGGCAACAUUAAGCCUUUUGUGAAGAAGUACAAAUCGCUCGGGAUGAAUAUUUGGGAUUUGUAUAACCAAACCAAGAGACCUUUCAUCGGGGUUUUCAUGUUUUUCAAUCCGGGAAUUCUCAUAAGAGACGUAGAUUUAGUGAAAAAGGUACUCAUUACGGAUUUUAAUCACUUUUACAACAGAGGUUUGUAUUUGAAUAAGCAAAAAGCGCCAUUAGCUGUCUCCCUUACGACACUAAAGGGCAAGGAAUGGAAAGAUUUGCGCAUGAAAUUGAACCCUUUAUUCUCAUCUGGUCGAAUGAAAAGUAUUUUUCCAACAAUUGCUUUUGAAGCUGAUCGUUUAGAGAGAUAUUUCGAAGCACGAGUCAUGGAAGGAACAGAAAUUAUUGAAAUAAAAGAUGUUCUCAUAAGAUAUGCAUUGGAUGUGAUUGGUUCUGUGUUUUAUGGAAACGACACAAAUACAGUUGAAAAUCCGAAUCAAGAAUUUCGGCGAAUGUUCAAGUUGAUCAAUAGUCCAAAUUUUAAAGAAAGAAUUCGAAUGGCUUUACUUUUUAUCGCCCCAAAAAUGCUCGAUUGGUUGAACAUGGAUCCUGUGAACUCUGAAGUUACUAAUUUCUUCCUCGAGAUGAUACGAAUGACAAUCAAACAUCGCGAAGACAACAAAAUUUAUCGAAACGACUUUAUGCAAGUGUUUAUCGAGUUACGUGAACAAGACAAGGGCACUGAUAAUGAAUUUACAGUCGAAGAAAUCGCUGCUAAUUGCAUUUUGUUUUAUAACGCGGGCACAGUAUCGACUUCCGGAACUGUUGGAUAUCUCUUGUACGAAACAGCGCUGCAACCUGAUAUCAUGCAAAAACUUCAAUCGGAAAUUGAUGAUACUUUGGCAGCAAAUAAUGGAGAAUUUUCGUAUGACAUGUUACAUGAAAUGACAUAUUUGGAUCUUUGUGUGAAAGAAACUCUUCGAAAGUAUCCUGGAUUGCCGCAUCUUAAUCGUGAGUGUUCGAAAGACUAUAAACUUCCGAAUACGGAAUUUACGAUCAAAAAUGGAACUCCUGUUGUUAUUUCCGUCAUGGGAUUACAUUAUAACCCAAAAAAUUUUGAAGAUCCUGAAAGAUUCGAUCCAGAACGUUUUCGAAAAGGCAAAGAAACGUACAAUAAAGACGCUUACAUUCCUUUUGGAGAUGGUCCUCGACAAUGUCUCGGUAAGCUUUUUUACUUAAAAUCAAUUUAAUUUGAGGAAAAUUUAAUUUUUUCAACAUUUUAGCUGUUCGCAUGGGAAUUUUAGAAGUAAAAAUCGCUGUUGCAAAACUUCUUGCCAAAUUCAACUUUG